AUGAUGCACUCAUCGAACUCAACUUCGGCCGCGGCUCGGGUGCGAUCACGAGCUCAAUCAAAAAUUUUACACGAGAACAAGAAGAUUAUUCGGCGAAUCCUCAAUGCUCGGACAACAGUCGAUCGCGCUGCGUUGGAACGUCAUGAAGAGAAGCAUUUCAAACUGCGCACCAUCAUGUCGCGCCAUCGCAAUUCGCGUUGA